GCACCAUGGACAAGCUGACGCUGUACGGCCUCGAUCCCAGUCCGCCGGUGCGUGCUGUCAAAAUGACGCUGGCCGCACUGCAAUUGGCCUAUAAAUAUGUAUGUCAACGUAAAUGAACUCAAUGUACAAUGAUAAGCAUCACCCGCAUGGUGCUCUUCCACAAGGAUCAACCCUACAUGGCUGGCGAUCAGUUAACCAUUGCCGACUUUAGUCUCAUCUCGUCGAUCACCUCGCUGGUGGCCUAUGUAGACAUUGAUGCCGUUAAAUAUCCCAAGCUCAAAGCUUGGAUGUGUCGCAUGGAAGAGCUGCCGGUAUAUGCGGAAAAUGCCAAGGGCGCGGGACUUUUUGUGGCUUCGGUUAAGAAGUCAAAGUUCACAGUGGCCACAUAAGAGCAGAGAAGAGAGAGAACAGCCGCAACAACGUUCACAGUGGCCACAUAAGAAAAGCGAAGAGAGGGAACAGCAACAAGUGAUAGAUUCAUGAUACAUAAAUAAAAACAAAUAAACAAACGUAAGACAUUCAAGAGCGGGCACUCUCUUUAUUUGGCAAAAGCUCAGGUAAGGCACAUAAAGCAUCAUUACCAAUAGCUUACUCUUAAAUAUAUCAAUCACUCUCUUAGCUUAAGGCAGCAGUUAGGAUGAAGACUUAAAGCUAUUGCGCUCUUAACUUUAAGCUUAACAUUAUCAUUUAAUAUAACUCUUUUGAGUCAAUUUGUAGGUUAAAGCUUUUCUG